CCAUUAGAAGUCAUGGAGAAAGCAGACGUUAGUGCAAGUACUCGACCUCGGUGUUGUAGCCAAUUCUUAAGAAAAUUUACGAAUCGCACGAGUAAGGUGCUAUUACUAGGACUAGUGGUCCUUGUCCUUAUCAUAGCUAAGUUUGGCGGGCCAUCUUUUAAUGCAGGGAAUCUUUUUCAACCUCUUGGAAAUAUUAUGAAGGGACAGGAAGUCGUUGCCUGUGUAGACAUCACACAAGAAACACCAAAACCUACACAACAGGAUCAUACUGUUAUAGGCACUGACGUCAGGAGGAGAUUAGCAUCUACACUGGUAGAGGUGUAUAGGGAAAUCACUCGUCAAACAGGUCAUCAACAAUCAGUUAUAGAUACCAAGCUGGCUAUCAAGCUAGCAGCAGUAGCUGAAGAGUUGGACCCAAGGAUAAGUUUAUCAAUGCAGACUCCCAGGGAAUAUUCUGCCACAUUUACCAAUGUCACUUCAAUCAUAUCUUUGCCGAACAAAUCUCGGCAUGUAUGUCCUGAAGUAUAUAAACCUACUUUUGAUCCAUUAGGUCAGGUUGGCAUGGAAUCUGAAGACUGUAACUAUGUUCCCAACUUCAACAAAGUUCUUACAGUCAUUCUUCCAGCUACAUCCUGGACACCUGAAAGAGUUAACUUUGUUGUCAAGCAAAUAAGAAAACGUUAUAAUAUCACAAUUGUUCCCAUCGUGAUGUCAAAAAAUGCCAUCGACACAAAUGUACCCAAUUUGAGGAUUGUAAUGAUGGAGAAUGGUGUUAAUGAGUCUACUGUAAUGAAUCAAUUAUUUAAAACUAUUGAAACGCCAUUUGUACUAAUGGGAACAUCACUGGCUCAUUUUAACAAUCAGUCAUCUCUUGAACGACUGGUGCGUGUCUUGGAUGAGGUAGAGCAUGUCAAGGUGGUUGGCGGAGCAGCUAGAGAUCCUGAAGGACUCUGGAACCAUGGAUGCCUUCAGCAGCGCAUGGCUGUCUAUGAGGCUCAUUAUGCCCUUGGUUAUUACUAUUCUAAGUACGAAUGUAUGUACUGCGAUGAUCUGUUAACACCUUUUGUUACUUCAGUUGCACUACUGAAACAAAUACCGUUUCAAGAAGGCCUCAAUGGCCAUCCCAUGUAUCGGGAUUGGUUUGCAAAGUUACGUGUAAAUGGUAUUUUGUCAAUGGCAUGUCCUGAUGUUAUGUUCUAUGUUCAAACUCAUCCAAAUAUGGAUGAGCAACAAUGGAUAAUAGUGGCUAAGCAAUGGUCUCUUGAGAAGAUAACUUCCUAUGACGACAAGGUCUAUGUUUUUGAUUGCAGUUCUGUUGGCAUUUAUUGCUUAGGUCCUCUAGGCACGAUUGCAUCUUUCCAACUGGCUCCUUGCUGCAGAGCUCUAAUGACGAAAUAUCUAGCUUACUUGACAGACUAUGGAAAUCAAAAUAACUUGCAUUAUGAACUACAUGCCGGAUCUGUUCUCGGAGCUCUGAAGAUGAAUGGUUACUUACCCUGGGACUAUGACCAUGACAUUAGUAUAUUUUGCAAAGAUUUUAGUACAUGGAGGAACACAAAUUCAAUGUUGAAAAGAAAACAAUGUUAUAAUUAUGUUACUAAACAUAAUGUAUACCUAACAGUAAACUGUCCAGGAUACUUUCUAGAGUUGGUCUGCCAUCAACAUAAUGCCUCUUCUUAUCAAUUUCUUCCACCUGAAUAUACGGACAAACCAACUCUAAUAAAGUAUGCAGGCAAGGAUAUUGCAGUGAGGCCAAAUCCGGGUCUCUAUGCCAGGAACAGAUAUGGCUUCGAGUGGUUGAAACAUGAAAGUCAUUGGAGAACACUGAAAAACGGACCAGCAAAUCUUAAAAAAGGUCAUCAUGAAAUAGAAUUCUGGAGAUCUUGUAAAGACCCUCAGCAUCAUUCUUGUCUUGAUCAUUAUCCUAUUGACGGAAAUCUUCCUUUUCAAAAACCCUUCCUUAACCUGUAAGAGCGAAAGUCAUUUCAUAUUUGGGUAAUAUUCGCUGCAGAAUAUGCACAUGGAUCAAUCCUAAAAGUUUUAAAUUAUGAGUCAGGAACUUUGACAAUACUAUGUGUCUUUCUAAAUGUGGAUGUUGUUGACAAUGCAAAGUGAAAAGGAUGCAUUCAUUGCAGAGGUGAAGACACUGAAGUUCCUUGUUGAAACAUUGCUGAUAGAAGAUGUCAAAACAUUCUGUCUACUGAUGCUGACCUAUAGCUUCUCACCUUAAUUCCUAACCAGGAUCAAUGAGCCUCCUGAAGCAGUUCCUAUAUGUAAUGGUUCAUUACAUUACUGGUAUGGCAAUUGCUUUGUUGACUCCAACCCUAUUUGUCCCAAUACCAAAGUCGAGAGAUAGAGUCUUUUGAGCCAUGUCUGGCGUUCUAAGAGUAUUGGAUAUAUUUUUUUACCCUCUGGGAAAAGGAUACUUGGAGUUAAAAGAACCAUUUCCAAUGUAUGGAGGAUACUGUACUUACCAAAUGUACGAAUGUCCCAAUGAACAAAAUGUACCAUAUGUCCCAGUUAGCAAAAUGUUUACAGUGAAUAAAACGAAACAGAUUUCUCAAAUGAACAAAUGUACAAGUGUCUCCAACAAAAGAAAUGUAUUGUAGGUAAGAUAUAUACUUAAUAAACAAAAUGUUUUAAAGGUACGAAAUGUACCAAAUGUACAAAAUGUGCUCAAUGAACAAAAUAUUUUAGUGUAUCAAAACAUCCACUAAACUAAAUGUAUCUAAAGCGUAAAUGUACCAGUGAGCAAGUUAACUAAUGUAUUAAAUUUAUGCAAUAAACAAAAUUCACUAUGCCAAAUUUCCUUAUGAAGGAAAUGCACCUUAAAUGGAUGUAAUGGACAACAUGGAACCAGUGGAUCAAAUGUACCAAAUAGACCAAAGUACCUGAUGGAGGAAAUAGAGGAAUUCUACCUAAUGGACUGACCUGACAAAAUUUACUUAAUGGAAAAAAUACAUAAACACGUAUCCCGUAAGCCCAAUUUACCUAGUGCAGUCAAUGACCCAGUGAACCAAAAGUACCAAGUAUGAUAGGUAUCCCAAUGACAAUAUUUCAAUGCACAAAAUAAUUAAACUAUUAAGAUUACAAUGAACAUGGCGUGAUAUACACUCAGUACAAUAUCAAUAUUUUUUAAGAAAAAAAUAUAGGUAGACUGCUAAUGACAGUAUAUCUCAUUGAGUAUAUUAAUAUUCUCUAAGAAACUGUAAAUUUUGACAAUAGGAUACUUAACAAUGAUAUUUAGACACUAGAUCUAUUGCCAGUUAUCUGUUGCGAUUUACAGUGAAAACUUCCACACAACAUGGCAGCCCCAUGUUCUA